AUGAGCGUUGCCGCCCCCCUGGCUCGCCGGCCCCUGGGCAGCAGCUGGCUGCAGAUGACCACCCAACGGCUUGCCCGACGCUUUGCGUCCGACGCGCUGACUGUCCGGCCAUCUCCGGCUGUCUCCAUUCCCACGCAUUUCCAUUCCAUUCCCACCAAGGAGGGCCGCAUUCGCACUGCCUUUGCCGUCUAUGCACCACAGCUGCCAGCAUCUUCCACCUCAACUUCACCGACGCCCUCCGCAUCCUCCCUCGCAAAGACGCCCCGCGUCGACGUCAUUCGCGCCUAUCAUGAGCAGCAGAUCGCCCGCAUGGACCCCACCGGUGCCCGGGGCCGUCUCUUCUCGCGAAAGAACCCCGACAGCGCCAAGCCCGGCGAUGUGCUCCUGGUGACGCCUAGUCGCGCUGGCGGCGAGACCUUUGCCGGCGUCUGCCUCGCCGUUCGUCGCUCCGGCAUCGAGACCGCCAUCCUGCUCCGCGGCCAGCUCGCCAAGACCGGCGUCGAGCGCUGGUUCAAGAUCUACUCGCGCGCCGUCGCCGCCAUCGACAUCAUCCAGCGCCGGCCUCGUCGCGCCCGUCGUGCUCGCCUCACCUACAUGCGCCAGCCCAAGCACGAUCGUGGCGCUGUCGACGACCUCGUCAAGGCCUGGCGCCGUGGUCGUAACGUUCUUCGCACCCGCGGCAGCGCCGCUACCUCCAAGACCUCUCCGGCUGUUGGCGCAAAGUCGGCUCCCGCCAAGAAAUGA